CCCCUUCUCCCAGCGCAGAUAAAAGGCGAGCAGCGCUGAGGGUGAGUUUCUCCUCCUCAGGCCGUUCAUUUCUCAGCACACAGAGCAAACCACAGCAGAAAACAUGAGUGGCGUGGUCGUGCAGAACAUGUCCUUCAAGGCGGGGCAGACCCUGACCCUUACUGGAGUCCCCACUGCUGAUUCAACCAAUUUUGCGAUUAACAUUGGAAACAGCGCAGAUGAUCUGGCACUGCACAUGAACGCUCGCUUCGAUGCCCACGGUGACCAGCGCACGGUGGUCUGCAACUCCUACCAGGGGGGGAACUGGUGUGAGGAGCACAGAGAGGGAACCUUUCCCUUUAACCAAGGCGAGGAGUUUCAGAUAAAGGUCACUUUCAACAAUGAGGAGUUCACCAUCUCCCUGCCAGAUGGAUGCAAGAUUCAUUUCCCCAACCGCCAGGCUGCUGAGAAGUAUAAAUUCCUGAAUUUCGAUGGCGAGGUCAGAAUCAGUGGCAUCAAUAUCCAGUAGAUCCGUCAUUUCUGGUUCUGCAUCAUCCUGCACUCCUGUCAACGCAUCUGCUGCCUUAUCUGUCUGAACCUGUCCUACGCAAUUAUCUUAUUAGGCUCAUUUUUAACAUCUUACCUCUCUGCAUGUGAUUUACUCAGCCUAAGCAAGCCUGUCGCUUGUUGUGGCACUAACCCAUCUGAACCGCCAGAGGGAACACGACUGCAGUAAAAUGUUGUUAUCUGAUGCUGCUGGUACAAGAAUGAGAAGAAAAGUUGGUAUUCGUUUCCAGUUAUAGCUUUACAGCAGAGCUUUUCUUUGAACUCGUUUAAAUCGUGUGCUAAAACCAUUCCAGGUUUGUUACAAAGCAGUGUCAUUCAAACUCUAAACACAUUUCUAAACACAGCUGAAUAAUAAUAAAAAAUCUAUCGCAA